AUGGCUGAAGUGGAGAUAGCUACAGAGGCAUUAUCUGGAGCUCUGGACUCACUGGCUACGCCGGAAUUGCUCAGUUUCAGUAUUGCCAUUAUCGGGCCUCGAAGAUCAGGAAAAACCACACUAGUCCGAUCUCUUUGCCACCAAACUGAGCACUUCGGUCCCAAGUUCUUGGACUCAUAUUUUACAGGAAAUGAAGGAUCUCACGAAGUCACAUGCCAUACUUACCCUUCUCUACCCAACGUAACUCUUCUGGAUUACCCAGGGUACAGCACUGAUGAUUCUCCCACUGUGUACCUGGAAGGCAUUAAACCUGAAAAUGUCCACUGCCUGGUGAUGACAGUCGGGGAGGUCAUCUCUGAUGCUGACUUGCAACUUUUGGGAGCCCUAAAACAUUUAGGGAAACCCUAUUGUGUGGUGCAGACCCAUAUUGACCUUAUAUUGCAUACAGAGAAGAGGCAGCAGGGGAAGAAUUACUGGAGAGGCCAGACACUUUUGGGCCUAAGGGGGAAAACAGAAGAGAGGCUGGGUGGAAGUGGGCCUCAAGGAGCCCACAUCUUCCUGGUGGCCUGCCUGGAAGCCCAGAACUAUGACUUUGUUGAGAUGGUGGAUUAUAUUGAGAGGGAAUUGCUGCAGUGGAAGAGGCCAGUUAGUCACACGGCAGAUCCUCAAACUCAAGAACUAGCAUCAGUAUUUGAGGUACAGUGUGAUCAAGAAGGACUUUCAGAAUUCUGCUCUCUCCUCAGCAUCUUUAUAGACAACCCUCCUCCGGUAUCUGCUGUGGUUGGCAUAACUGGCACUGAUAAAGAUGGUAUUCUUUGUGCCCUUUGUGAACCCCCACUUUCAGGGCUUAUCGUGAGAUCCCUUCCAGGUCCAGGUACCCCACCAAUGUCCGUGGAACAGUACUUGCAAAACUUGCAGACAGAAGCUUGUGAUGUCUACUUGAUUGUAGGCUCAGGGAUGGACAACAGCUCCCGUGCCACCCUGGUUGAAGCCUUGGUUGCAGCUGGCAAACACUGUAUGCUGAUUGGUGGAGAUGAAGAGAGGAAACAUAGACAGGAGGCCAAAGGGCACAUGGAAGGGGGAAAAAAAUCAGAUCGCCAUGGGUCUGAUUUUCCUGGUUUGAGGGUAGCUUUAGAGAAGGGAGCUCCUCAGUUAGUCAGAGAAAGGCUUCUGCAUUCUAUCCCAUCCAUAAUUGUUCAGUUAGUAAGAAGGGAGCGAAGAAGACUAAUGAUGGGCAUAUACGAUCUCUGCCUGGACAUAUGUGCCCACUCAUAUCAAGGGGAGCUUCCUGAAGCUUUGUCCAAACUUUUGUCCACUCUUACAUCAUUCCGUGCCCGCUAUGGACUAGAUGACGACUCACUAACACUAAUAUCACAAGUAACUGGCUGCAGCUCUGAGGAUUUGCGCACUGAGAUACAAUGCCCCCUGGCACAAGACCCAAGUGCAGAACAGCUGCUGCAGAUGGCAUCUCAGCCGCUUUCUCUGUCUGAGCUGGUCUGGAGCUACAUCCCACACUGGGGAGGAGGAGAGGAGGCACCUACCAAAUUGUCUCAUGAACGCACCUACCGACUUCUGGUGGAAGCCGUCUGGGGGAUGGCAGAGGAUGCUGAGAGGGUGCUGCUUCAUGGAUGCACCAACCAGAAGGUGGCCAAAGAACGAACUGCUUUUUGUCACUGGCCCUGUGUUUGA